AUGUCUUUGAGCUCUCCACCCCAAGGUUCUACAGAGACAGCAGUCAAGUCUGAGACUAGACUCACAUUUGGUAUCGAGAUCGAAUAUCUCUUAGCUACUGUUCAUCCCAUUCAUCCUGCUCCUCAUCCAAAGGAUCCACGUGAGAAAGAUGGAGAGAAACUACAUAACAUAGACAAAGCUAAUUUUGACAUUGGCGAAAGACUCAAGGCUAAGGGAAUACCAGUAAUAGUAACUGCAUGUGGAACGGAUACAUCACUCAGUGGUGCAGAACUAAGAACCAGAUGGCAACUUAAAUCUGAUUCCAGUGUCAAUCCAAAAGAGCGAAUCCACCCAGAUUAUAGAGAAUUUGGUAUGGAAAUAUCAUCUCCACCCUAUUAUUACGAUCAGGCUUCACGAGAACUUAUCCCAGUAGUUUUAGAGACAUUAAGAAAUAACUAUCUAGUUCGAGUUAAUGACAGUGCAGGCUUUCAUGUUCACGUCGGCAACGAGUAUGAUGGAUUUUCUUUCCCGGUAUUCCGUAAUUUGGUUGCAAUUUUGUAUACUUACGAACGUCAGAUUCGGCUCAUGGUCUCUGCCGUUCGGGUGCAGACUGCACAAGAAUAUUGCCGAUCAUUUACCUGGAGUACUUUUGGCACAAGUGUCCCCGAUACCACGCGUCUCGAAUUCCUCAACCAUAUUCUUUCCUACCAAAACCAAAACGACUGGAAACAAUUUUGGAUUGACAUGACACCGGGUGUUGGAGGACGACUUGCAUUCAAUUUGGUUAAUUUGAAACUGCCCUACGAGUCUGAAAAACGCACCAUCGAAUUCCGUCUCCAUCCAGGAACUCUCGAUCCAGAGGCCAUGCUCAACUGGGUCCAUUUUUGCAUCAAAGUCACGGAGAAAGCAUGUCUUAUCAAGAACGAAAACGAACUCUAUGAACUACUCAGGCGCGAUGUCGAAAACCCAGUCGGGACCGCCGAAGAAGAUUGUAGUACGGUUGAUUUUCUCAUCUGGUUAGGUUGUCCGGCGCAGGCGUAUUAUUAUGGUGCUCCACUAGUCGCAGAUCCGGAGACCCUCAGAGACCGUAUACAGGAGGAUGAGAGGAUGGAACAGGUUAGUCGGGCUUUGGCGGUGCUGAAGAAGGCGCAGCGAGAAGAGAGGGCGAGGAGAGCGAAGCAUGCGAAGGAUUUUCCGGAGGAUGAUGCGGAUUUUUCGGAGGUUGAAUUGAGUUAG